AUGAAAAGCAUACUCCGCAUAUUGCCCCUCCUCUUUCUCGCUACCACUUCAGUAGUUACCGCCCAAGGCUCGCUUGGCGGGGGAGACGGCUACAUCGAUGAUGGCCCGCAGCCAGAUGACCUGAACGGCUCCAACUUCACCUAUCCCUAUCCGAUCAAAGUCUACAACUUUCCUUCGCAGCGCCUAAACAUGCAAAUGGCAUUUAUGGAUGUGGCUCCCGCAAGCACCGCAAAUACAUCGACAGAUGCACCAGUAGCCGUCUUGUUGCACGGCAAAAACUUUUGCGGGGCGACCUGGAACGAGACGAUUAUCCAGUUGACCGGUGCCGGGUACCGAGUGAUUGCGCCCGAUCAGGUUGGGUGGUGUAAGUCGACCAAGCCGGUGGGGUACCAGUUCACGUUCCAACAAUUGGCUUUGAACACAAAUAGCUUGUUGAAGCAGUUGGGCAUCUACAAUGCCACUAUCAUUGGGCACAGCACGGGAGGGAUGCUGGCAGCUCGAUAUGCCAUCAUGUAUCCCAGCAAUACAACAGCCAUGGUCAUGGUGAACCCUCUCGGCCUGGAGGACUGGAAGACCAAAGGCGUCCCCUACCAAAGCAUCGAUCGCAGCUGGGCCACCGAAAACGCGACCACUUACGCCUCGAUCAAAACUUACGAAAACACAACCUACUACGUUGGCCGGUGGCAGCCCCAGUACGACGUGUGGGUUGGCAUGCUUUACAACAUCUACACGGGCUCGCACCGCGCCGAAUUCACCUUUAACCAGGCGCAAACCACCGACAUGAUCUACACACAGCCUGUCAUUUACGAGUUUGGCCUGCUGGGACGGGUGCGCACGUUGUUGGUUAUCGGGGACAAGGACAACACGGCCAUUGGAAAGGCGUGGUCGCCCCCGGCGGUGCAGGCAGUGAUUGGGAAUUAUAGUGUGCUAGGCCCCGCGGCCGCCGCCAUGAUUCCGAAUAGCACGCUGGUCCAAUUCCCAAAUUUAGGACACGCACCGCAUAUAGAGGAGCUGGCGGAGUUUCACCGGGAGUUGCUGGGAUGGCUCUUGGAUUCCUAA